AUGACAGACAUCAGGGUCCAAUCCCUCAAGCAGCCGGUUGACGUGGCCGAGUAUCUCUUUCGCCGACUGUACGAACUCGGCGUUCGCUCCGUCCACGGCGUCCCCGGAGACUACAAUCUCGUUGCUCUGGACUAUCUGCCACAAUGCGGGCUCAAGUGGGUUGGCAGCGUGAAUGAGCUCAAUGCCGCGUACGCGGCCGAUGGCUAUGCCCGCAUCAACAAGAUGGCGGCCCUCAUCACCACGUUUGGCGUGGGUGAGCUGUCGGCCAUCAACGGCGUCGCCGGCGCCUAUUCGGAGCAAAUCCCCGUCGUGCACAUUGUCGGGUGCCCGUCGACCAUCUCCCAGCGUGACGGGAUGCUUCUCCACCACACGCUCGGCAAUGGCGACUUCAACGUCUUCGCCAACAUGAGCGCCGGCAUCUCGUGCGACGUUGCCAAGCUCAACAACCCGUCCGAGGUGGCGGCACAGAUAGAUCAUGCUCUGCACCAGUGCUGGGUGCGCUCCCGGCCCGUCUACAUCAUGCUGCCCACCGACACGGUGCAGGCCAAGAUUGAGGGCUCGCGGCUGAGGACGCCGCUGGACCUUUCCGAGUGCCAAAACGAGCCGGAGCGAGAGGACUACGUCGUGGACGUCGUUCUCAAGUACCUCGUCUCGGCCAAGCGUCCCGUCAUCCUCGUCGACGCCUGUGCCAUUCGCCAUCGCGUGCUGGACGAGGUGCACGGCCUCGUCGACAAGACGAACCUGCCCGUCUUCGUGACGCCGAUGGGCAAGGGCGCCGUCAACGAGCAGCAUCCCAACUACGGAGGUGUCUACGCCGGCGUGGGAUCUUACCCACCAAAGGUCAAGGAACUCGUCGAGUCGUCGGACCUCAUUCUCUCCAUCGGUGCCCUCAAGAGCGACUUCAACACGGCGGGUUUUUCCUACAGAACAUCUCAGCUCCACACCAUCGACUUUCACAGCGACCAUUGCAUCGCUCGGUACUCGACCUACCCGGGUGUUCGCAUGAAGGGCGUGCUGCGAAAGGUCAUCGACAGGGUAGACGCCAGCAAGCUCGCCGCGCAGCCAUCUCCUUCCGCCUGGAAGGACGUGGAGGUCAAGGCCGACGGCUCCGAGACCAUCACCCAGGCUUGGCUCUGGCCACGAAUAGGCGAGUUUCUCGUCGAGAACGACAUCGUCGUCACGGAGACGGGAACGUCCAACUUUGGCAUAUGGGACACGAAGUUCCCCAAAGGCGUCACGGCGCUCAGUCAGGUGCUCUGGGGGAGCAUCGGGUGGUCCGUCGGCGCCUGCCAGGGUGCUGCCCUGGCGACGAGGGAUGCGGGCCGCCAUCGCAGGACCAUCCUGUUCGUCGGCGACGGUUCAUUCCAGCUCACGGCCCAGGAGGUCAGCACCAUGAUCCGUCACGGCCUGACGCCCAUCAUAUUUGUCCUCUGCAACGACGGCUACACGAUCGAGCGCUUCAUCCACGGCAUGGAGGCCGAAUACAACGACAUUUGGAAAUGGAACUACAAGAAUGUCGUCGACGUCUUCGGCGGACAGGAGACGUGUCGCAAGAUUACCGUCAAAACCAAGGAUGAGCUGAACAGGCUGCUGACCGAUGCCGACUUCAACCGAGCCGCGUGCCUCCAGUUUGUCGAGUUGCACAUGCCGAAGCAGGAUGCACCACGAGCAUUGGUCACGACGGCGCAGGCGAGUGCCAAUGUCAACGCAAGAACGAAGUAG